AUGGAGCAACACCACAUCGACCCUGCGACCGACGAGAGAGGCACGGCCUCCGACGCCGGUCCGGUGGAGCAGGAGGAGCGCGCGGGGACGUCCGGCGGCGCGGAGGACGCCGCAAGGAGGCCACUGGCGCCGUUGUGGGAGGCGGAGAAGAAGAACAAGAAGAGCGCCGGGGAGCUGUCGAGACGGCCGGCGGCGGCUGCAGAGGAGAGCGCCCGGGAGCGGCUGAAGCGGCACCGGACGGAGAUGGCGGGCCGGGUGCGGAUCCCGGACAUGUGGGGACAGGAGAGGCUGCUCAACGACUGGGUCGUCGACUGCGCCGUCUUCGACCGCCCGCUCGCCGCCACGCGCGGCCUGCUCACCGCGCGCGACGCGCUCGUCGCCGAGUGCGCCGCCGCGCGACGGACGCCGCACGGGCACGCCGCUACUACGCGACCGCUCCGGGUGCAGAACGGCUGCUCUUGAGUCUUGAUUCUUCAUUUUGAGACUAGUCUUUCGUCAAUCUCCACCCAAACCUAGCUACUCGAUCGACCGGAGUACGAACAUGAGAAUAUUAUAGGUGUCACGUCGUACUUGAUUGUUGUGCUGUUCUUGUUGUGUACUUGGUGGAUGUAAUUAGUCGCUUGAUCACCAUUGCGGCAGGUUCCGACGUUCUUGAUCCAAAUU